UCUCAGCCAGCAGGACUCUGACAGGGAGGACAGUGAUCUGGAUAACUACCUGACAAGCGUCCAAGAGGACAUGAUGGAAUUCAAGCUGUCAUACGAGAUGUGGCGUGCCGGCCGCUGGGCUGUCAGCAUCCCUCAUACCGACUGGGAGGAUAAAGAGAUAAUCUUCACUGUUCACCUGGAGGAGAAGGACAGCCCUGAGAACCUACAUUGGGACAUCAGGAAGACCUACAUGGAUGUUGUGUACUUUUGCAACAGAUGGCAGGACUCGAUCCGGCUGCCCACAAUCCUGGUGCCGGAGGAGUCAGAGAUCACAGAUGAGGUCAAAGAAGAAGCGAAGGGAUCAUUGGAGAACUUCCUGCAGGAAUUAGUUUCUGAUGAUCUAAUCGGCCGCAGUCAGCCAGUUUUUCAGUUCCUCUGCCCACUUGACAAACUACUGAAUGAGGAGGAACAUUAUGGAGGUGUCUGGGGCCUUCUGAGUGGCUUGGCUUACUUCCUGACUCCAGGUCAAGAGGAAGAAGAGAACUCUAGUCCUCAGACAGAGGCCCCGAAAGAAAUCACAAUGACAUCUUCACAUCCUGAAUCCACAACUCUGCCUUUAGAAAACCCUGGUGCCUCUACUGAGAAGGGCAACAAUGUUACUGGUACUACAAUCCCAACUAUUGUUAUCUUGGAAGAUCAUUCUGAUUCAGUGCCGCCAGAGGAAGCAGAAACACAAAAGGAGCUGGAGCCUGCAAAUAAAAACUGCUCCCCCAACAAAACAGAGGACUCUAGUAAUGCCUUAACCUCUCCCUUUAAAAUGUUCAAGGGACUGAUACAAUCCAGGUCACUAGAGUCCUUGCUCUCAACAAGAACCACCAGUGAUAAAGACUCACCUGUGUCAGACUCCACAGCGCACUGCAGACAAAAUGGAGAGUUUCAGGGGAAUAGCACGGAAGGUCCAUCGUGGUGUCACUUCAGUGCAAAGUCAAAUAAAAAGGACAAAAUAUGUUUCAAGAUGUCAGGUGGAGCAAACAAGACUAAAGGGAAGGACCAGGACACUUUGCCGAGAGGGGAGGACUCCCAGUGUCAGAAGAGCCAAGAGCCACAAAAGCCAGGCCAGCUGGAGGCAACAAAAGCCAUAUUUGAUCUGCUGAAAGAAAUUUCUGGGAACUCCAUCCUCAUAAACAUAUUUGAUGCCAUUUUGAAACCCUUUAUGCCCAUCUUGAAAAAAAAAGUGAACUCUUUCCUAAACAAGAUGAACCCAUCAGAAGUGCAGAUGGCUACAUACAUCGAUGCUGUGCGUGAAAAACAGUGGCCAGAGAUUCAACCAGCUGCACCGCCUCCACCUCGUCCUCCUCGCACAGACGAGGAGAAGAACGAGACCAGGGCCAGAGCGCACAACCUGAUGAAUGCCAAAUGUUCAAACUAUCUUGUCCUAAAGAAGACAGACGUGGAGUCUGUUUUUAAUCUGUUCCAGGACCGUGAAAAAAACAAAAUGCUCGUACAUAUGCUCCUGUCAUUCCUAUUGAGGAAAUUGUUUCCCAGUGAGCAUUCUCUAAAUGUGAGCGCUGCUGCCUUACAGAAAGUGACCAACCUCACUAACUGAUCUGUGAACCCUUGAUUGUGAUUUGGGGGGGGGUUGUUUUUUGACAUUUUAGAAUAUCAAAUUAUUUAUUUAUCUCAGACACUCCAUUAUGUCGUUUUUACGGUGAACAUUUUGUGAAUUUCCUUUUGGCUUUUAUUUUAAAUAAAUAAAUUAAAUUUUAUUUUGCAUAGUGUAGAAUUACAGAAUUUUAAUUUAUUACCAUUGAUAACUUGUUUGAAGUCAGAAAUACUUUGUGGGAACAGGCUUUAAAAAUUGUAUUUUUGUUGUGAAAUUUAGAGGUAAAAGUCAAGUUUAUUUCAUGUUUACAGUUGAAAUUUCACCCUUCACAUUUUAAUGUAAAAGAAUAAAAAUUUUCUAAAACA